UGAGGAAGUGAACGCUACCGAAUUUCGCUUCUCUCUUUGAACUUGUGUUUAUCCAUAACGUUACACUUUGUGCGUCGGAAAGGGGAAGUGACAGCAGCCGUGGACCAAACCCACGCAGUCACACAGGAGCGCGCAGACAAACACGAUGGAUGCAGCUGAUCAAGAAGCGAUGCUCAGGGACGGUGAUCAGCUUGUAGAACCUCCCAAUGGCGUCAUUAAUGAACUGCUGAAUGUGGGACAAAAUGACAAAAUACAAGGCCAGAUGGAGGAGUUCCUGGGCCCACAGGCAGAGUACAACGAAGAUGAGGAGGAGAGGAAGUACUACAGGAGGAAGAGGCUCGCUGUCAUCAAGAAUGUGCUCGCAGCCAGUGUUGGAGCCAUGAUUGUGUACAGUGUGUACAUGGGCCUACUGCAGAUGCAGCUGAUCCUCCAUUAUGAUAUGACCUACCGCGAGGUGAAGUACAGCACCCUCGGCCUGGAGGACAUCGAUCGUAAGAUGCUGAUGGGCAUCAACGUAACUCCCAUCAUGGGCCUGCUGUACACGCCUGUACUUAUCAGGUUUUUAGGCACAAAGUGGAUGAUGUUUCUGGCUUCAGGAAUCUACGCACUCUUCGUCUCAACCAACUACUGGGAGCGGUACUACACCUUGGUUCCGUCCGCCGUGGCCAUCGGCGUGGCCAUUGUGCCGCUCUGGGCCUCACUGGGGAAUUAUAUCACAAGAAUGGCGCAGCAGUACUACGAGUAUGUCAACUACAAGGAAGACCAUGUGCAGGAGCAGAAGAAGCUCCCCAAGGGAGCGUGCCACAAAUACAUCAUCGUCUUCCAGUCGGUCUUCUACAUCAUCUUCCAUCUGAGUUUUGUCUUCGCGCAGUUCCCCAUGCGCUUCGUCCUCAACGACACCCUGCACGAUGACGAACACAUUCUCUUUAAUGUCCACUCCUGCGGAGCACAAAUUAGUGGAGUGAUCCCCGGCAUCAACACCACUGUGCUUAAGAACCUGCCCCGCUCCAUGCUGCUGAUCCACGUGGAGAGUGUCCUCAUGGGCUUCGCCUUCCUCGCCAUGGUCAUCUUCCUUGUGCUCUGCGGGGCUGCCUACCGCCCGACAGAAGAGAUCGACCUGCGCAGUAUUGGCUGGGGAAACAUCUUCCAGCUGCCUUUCAAACACCUUCGAGAUUACCGCCUGCGACUGCUCUGCCCCUUCUUCAUCUACAGCGGAUUUGAAGUUGUGUUUGCCGUCACUGGAUUCUCCCUGUCCUAUGGCGUCUGCGUUUUGGGCCUGAGGAAACUGUGGCUCCUCGUCGUGGUCUAUGGCCUCUCCUGCUCCAUCUUUUCCAGCCUCUCCCUCUGCCUGCUGCGCCUCCCGCGCUGGGUGUGUUUGAUGGCGGGCGCGGCCGUGCACGCAGUGCUGCUGGUGGUGCUCCUGGCGUUCUCUCCACCUCCCAAGAGUCCAGAGUAUCUGGGCGCUCUGCUGGUGAUCUCUGUGCUGUGGGGACUCGGCACAGCCCUGAACAAGACGGGUGUCAGCAUCCUGCUCGGCAUGCUCUACGCUGAGGAGAAAGAACGUCUGGACUUUGUCUUCACCAUCUAUCACUGGUGGCAGGCCUUCGCCAUCUUCAUUGUCUACCUCUGGUCCCACCUGCCAAUGAGGGCGAAACUCUCCAUCCUGUUGGCCACUUUGUUGCUGGCCUGCUGCUGUUAUUGGGUGAUGGAGCGUCGGCUCGCCACCAAAGUGCCUUUCAGACUGCCUCGCAUCCCGCGGCCACGUCACAAGGUUAAAGGUUACCGCUACCUUGAGGAAGACAACUCUGAUGAGUCGGACUCUGAGAGAAGUGAGGAUGACGACAAAGAGGAGGAGGAGGAGGACGACGUAGAGCAUGUGGCGGAGGAGAUGGGAGCAGAGGACAGAAGGGAAGGAGGCCAAGACGAUGGGGUCCAGGGAGUUGACUCACCCAAAGCCAGGCGGAGAGGGGCCGAGGGUCACCGCCACAGACGGGAGGACGCCCAUGAGAAGGACGGAGUGAGAGAAGAGCGGGAGGGAGGAUGAGAGAGGAGACAAAGGACAAUGAACGAGGGAAGAUUUGGGACGGAUUAAAAGAUUUCUUUUUCUGGUACAAGCGUUGACAAAUUAGCUGUAAUUAUCUAUUCCACUAUAAUCACAACAGCGAUUGAGAGGAUAAGGUCCACAAAUUGUAAGUACUAUAUUUAUAUUCAACAAUAGGUAUAGCAAUUUUAAAAAAAAAGAAGGAAAAAUAUAACAAUACUUUUGUUGUUGCUGCUGUUCUAAUUAUAGAGGUGACAGCAGCUGUUUUAUCAAGAAAAAACUUUUCUGUUAAAACACAAUUGAGUUUCAUUUUAAUAGAAGUACGUCACUGAAAAGAAAGAACUGAAAGCAACAGGAAAGGGAAUGAGGUAUUGAUUCUUCUAGCUUGUUUUGGAGGGAGUCAUGUUUAGAGAGCCAGGCCCGGCUCGACGUGAGCUGCAUAAAUGGUCUUCGUCACAUUUGUUCUUCUGCCUUUGUUUACUUCCACUUCUAAGAGAAAAUAACCCAAAUCAACAUGUUUUUUAGAAGCUCACGCACGUGUCUCUAAAACAUUGAAUAUGAAUGUAUGGUAAUGAUUAGCACGCGUACAGUUCAAUAUACCUCAGGUGUGAUCAAUGGCCAUCAGUCAAUAAUUGAUUUUACAUUUGCCUCAGGAAUAUAAUAGAUACUAAAUAUGUGCAGUGACUCAAUCGAUUUUUCUUUUGUAAUCUAAUUACUUUAGUGGUGGAUCGCAUUCAUAGAGACAUGCUGCAAGCAAAAUAAAUAAGACUUUACGUAGGUUUCAUCCAGCCUGCAUUAAGAGAAAAGGGAAUUCAUAGUUCCAUACAGAAAUACUGUUUUCACAAAUGAUGGUUAAGAUUUUUACCAUUUAAACUUGCUCUGGGUAGAAUCCCAUCUGACUUUUCAAUUAACCAAUAUCAAUGCUGCUUGAUGUUGCACUGUUAACUGUUAAUUUAUGUAAUGUUAUGUUACUGACUUAAACAGUGUGGAACCUGAACAUUUCUUGUGCUUCUCUUGAUUACACUUGUACCUUCAAGUGAAGAUGUUAACAGCUGUUGUACAUGACUUGACUGGUGGGCAGUGUGAUGUCUACUUAACUGACAUAACGCUUAUUGCCAUGGAAACUUAAAAGUGAUAUUCAAACAAGGAAUGGCUAGACUUAAUUAGUUUCAUUGCUGUUAUUAAUGUGACAGUACAUCUACGUGCUGAUGGGAUUUUCCAUCUCUCCCGAGUUGGUUGAUGAGAAGAAUCCGACACGGCAAGUUAAAAAGUUAACAUUUUUUUUAGAAGAGAAAAAGAUUCGCCGCAGGUGCACCUGGAGACUCCUACACACGUAUCAGAAAGCGAUCCAUCCAAGAGUCUGGCUGCUGUCCGACUCUGACUCUUUUCAUAAUCUCCUCAUGUCCUUGAAAACUAGUUUGUGCCGGUUUUGUCUCAGACGGCUGUUGCCCCGGAUGUUUCGGUGUUGUCUCUGUGCCAUUCUGUGCUAGGAGCACUGUGUCAGCUCGUGAUUUAUCUACACUCUUCCUGUACCCCUUUCCUCCCUCAGUUCACUUUGUGCCUUAUAUGGUCACAGCGUUAUUGCCUGCAUUGUCAAAACAUCUUCUCUAUAGAAAAAAAACAGGAACAUAACAUCUCA